AUGGUGGAGGAAGGGAGAUUAAAAUGUGCUUUCGGGAUAAGGUUGUCAGAUCAGGAGCAGAUGGAAUGGGACUUAUUAUGUAAUGAAUUGGGUCCUUAUCAUGGUUUUGAAGAUAGGGAAGACAAUGUUAGUUUUGAUGGGGACUUCUCAGUUCAUAAGUGUUAUAAUUUGCAGUCAACUGAAGCUGUAGAGGUGAACUUCAAUAAAUUUUUGUGGAAAAAUUCAGUCCCUUUUAAAGUCAGUUUUAUGCUAUGGGUGAUAUUUCAUGAUUCUCUGCCAACAAAAGAUAUGCUGCAACAUAGAGGUAUUGAGGUUCAGGAUGGUUUGUGUGUUCUUUGUAAGCAAUAUGAGGAAACUGCAGAUCAUAUCUUUUUGCACUGUGCUUAUUCUCAUCACAUUUGGUCUUAUUUCUUGAAAGCCUUUAACAUCUCUUGGGUUGGAGCUAGAGAUAUGCUGAGCUUUUUUGAAUCUUGGAAGUUUAAUGCACUCUCAGGUAGGAAUAAGAAGAUAUGGUGGAAGAUCAUUUAUGUUGUUCCUUGGCACAUUUGGCUUGAAAGGAAUAGUAGAACUUUUGCAGGAAGGCCGAAAGAGGAGGAAGAGCUAUUAAUGCUUAUUAAGCAAUCGAUAGUACUUUGGUUUUGUGAUACAAAUGUUUUUCAUGGCAUUUCUAUAAGCCAGAUUUUAUUUCAAUGGGACUCUAUUGUGCAUACAUAA